AUGGUCAGCUUCAUCCGCCGCUAUCUCAAGCUUGAUCCCCAUGAUAACCUCUUUCUAUAUGUGCCACAGAGCUUCGCCCCCUCCCUGGACACCGAGAUAGGCACUCUGUACGAUUGCUUUCACGCAGAUGGCAAACUUAUUCUUAAUUACUGUAAAUGCCAAGCCUGGGGUUGAACAAAAUAUUCAUCUGAGUUUCCUUUUGUUUAACGUGCGCAUGAUUUUUGUUUUUUCCAUUUUUCGUCUCUUUCCAUUUCACCUACCUUUUCCCCUCAGACCUCUAUUGGGUAUGCCCUUCAAUUGCCAAAAGCAAAUUUCUACUGGUAAGCCCGAUAAUCUGUGCUGCUACUAACCUCGCCCCUCGGCUAGGCUGUGAUCUCCUACAGAAGUUUUUGUACGCUUCAGUAAAUGAGGUACUCUUUCGACUGAACGCCUACCCAUCAGCAUCCUUUCAGUCUGCCUGCCUCUUUGGUGUCCCGAUUAAGGUAUUUCGUCGCCUUAUUUGAUAUCCUUUUUUCCACCUACUCGAUCGUCUGUUUUAAGGGCUUUAAUUAGUGCGGGGAGAUGGCUAUAUACCCUAUGUAGAAACAAAACGUAAGCGAUAGAUAUUACCACGACCAAGUCAAGGGAGGUUGAAACAGCCGUGUUUCUACCUGCGGUCGGUCGGUCGGAUGAGUGUCACUUUCAUAAAAGAAAGCAAUUUCGAUUCAUUUACUAAACAAACUGACUGCAAAUCCUAUGUUAGUCUACAUGCAAAGCAACUGGAGGACAGUUUUACCGCUUCAGGGCUACAUUGUGACUGUCGAUGUUAGUCAAAAAUAGGCCGAAAAGAGUGUUCUACCGCUAUGAUUUUUAAGCUGAAUGAAUCAAGAGCUUCGGGUGACUGACUUUUUCUUACCGAAACCGGUUUGCACAGGCGGCAGUCUUCCAAAAUUUUACUCCAUUGCCUCAGGAAACCGCGUAGUAGUACAUUCUGCGCACUGCAAAAGGAUCACAUAGUGGGAGCACCGUUUUACUGCUCACUCUCCACAAGAUUCUCUUUGGUGUGGCCCAAAGUAUGAAAGUGAAACCAGUGGUCUUGCAUUUCAUACCACUUUUAGCAAAAAAUGAACUUACGAAUUCGAAGGUGGUUUGCUUUGUAGAAUUAUGGUUUGGACUUACCAUGUCAUCGAGAGAGAGAGAGAGAGGGGAUACAAAACACUCGCUGAUAUGCCUACAACACUAGUCUUGACACCGCGGGAAGAGGUCCUUGCUUCUACAGCCACGGUUCGACGAUGCCCUGACUCUCCAGUGUAACAGUGACAGCGGCCCAUCACCGAUUGUGCGUAGACUGAUGCUAUGGAGGGGUUAGAGAACAGCCCGCCUUGCACGGCCUACCUUCAUACAGGCAUCAGCAAAUGUUGUUCGAUUGACUUCUUGACAUUUGGUCCCAUAUUAACUUGUCGGAAUCCGUUUACUUAGGCUGCAGCGAAGUCCACGUUUAGGGCAGAUGACAAAUUACCGUGCUGGGACUAUUUCGUUAUCGUCCUUUGCAUUGCCCUUGAGGUGUCAUCUUCCCUCUUUCGGGUUGCUCCGGCUAGUGCCGCUAUAUAUGGGCAAGAAAGGACCAGCCCGAUCUUCUUCCAGGAGCUAGACUAUGCGGGUCAGCUCGCGUAAGUUUGGCGGGUUUUCAAAAUUGAUUCCGUUAACCGGGACUUUUUUUAGUCGAUUGUGCCAUACGGUGGCAUGUCGCCGACCUUUCCACCCCUGAACCCAUGGUAAAAGUUCGAAUGAACCACGAACUGCAGCCUAAUUUAAUCGUGUUUCUUUACCGGAAGUACUCACUUACGCCAUAGACUUGAUCUCCUAGUACAGAGCUAUUGAUCCUGCACUCCUGACGAAUUCCUUUAUAUGCAUGCGGUACGGUUUCUCAAAUGGGCGAGAAGGUUCCCGUAGCGAGCCCAAAAAACAAAUCGGUGUCUCAAGAACCAUUACGAAGGCCUCUAGGUUCGACGUCUGAACUAUCUGCUCAAUAUUGGCUGGAGAUGAAACACCAGAACGAAUGCACUCAAAAUAUCCAUGAGUGAUACUAAAUCCUUGAGUACACAAGGUGAUUCGUUCUCAUGAGCAAAGAUAAGAAGGGAGGAGGAAUGCUGAAAGUCGCCGAUCUUCCUUGGAACUCCUGUCUAGUGUCCGUGCAAGUGGCCACAUGGUAAUCAGAGACAAGGCAGACUGGUGUAGCAGUUUCUGGGUUAUUUUUCCUUAUCGGCCAGACCUACCCCAACCUCAGGCUGAGCUUAUUCGGGGCCUGGGGUUGGGGUUAGAAAAAUCAGACCUCAAAUUGCGUUCACGUGAGGGUGGUACAAACAAGCGAUUCAUUGGAUGAGGCGUACUGGACUCGCCGUUGUUUUAUCCAAAAUGCUUCCUGGGACUUGGGUUUUUAUUUGAACGCCCUCUCCUGUUGGCGUGAGCCACCACGAGUUUUCCUCUUUUUAACGUCUCCCUCGUUAUUAACUUAAUAAAGGGGUGUCGCCGAUGUAACAGAUAAAAUAGCUGUCUGAGCCAAUCUAUUGGGGUGAACCCUAUUUCUGGAAAGUUCGUGAUUAAAAAAGGGUUAAACACGGUAAUAUGUAUCCUCCGAGCUACAGCGUCUUCUUAUUUAAUUUAGGUAGGGACACGCGGCCACCAGUCGGGGGUGACUGCAUGAAUACUUUCACCCGACCAAUCGUGUGGUUAAUAGAAAACCAUCUGAAACCGUCUGCGGAAACGAUAUGAUAAGACGUAAACAGAAACCGCAGACCUCAUCAAUUGUGGCAUCAAGUCAGGAACAAUGGUAGGAAACAAAAGAAGGGUGAAUGUCUACGACAUGGAAGGGAAGACAGGGGACGCUUUCCAGCGAUUUGGCCAACGUAGGACUAAGAAGCUCGCUGACACCCACCGUCCGAUUUCGCUGUCCAUCAACAGAAUACCGAUUGACUGUUACGAUGCCCGACCUGGCACGUGCACAAGACGAAGCUAGGAAUACACGGGCCCACAACGCGGUCAAAACGUCAUUCAGUGGAUUAGGAAGGAAUCUAGGGAACGGAGCUGACGCAGGAGACGGCAAUAUUUUCCAUGGGCAACGGAAGCCUUCCCCGACGUUUUUUAUAACAGGCCCCACAGUCUACAGCUUGAAACCACUAAUUGUAUUAGUGGCUGGCAGCAUUAAUAAAGAACAAAGGACAUUUUCCAGCAACCUUGUUGGUGAUUACCAGGGCGCCGACUGGGGACUAUGAAGACCAUUGAAGUAGGCAAAAGCAGCAGCAGCAGGAGUCAGUUCGGAGGGGUGGGCGCCAAUCAGACAGGGAAGGAAGGGGACGCUGAUAGAGGCGAUGGGCCUCCUGGAUUAUUCCUAAUUCAUGUCGUGUUACUUAAAUCACAUGAGUAGGCACUACAAGGGGGUAAUUAUUUCCGUGUCCUACCAAACCCGGUGUCAGCGUUUUCAUCACGUUGGCUACUUGGUCUUGUUAGUUUUUUGAGAAGUUGGUGAUCACCCAGAAGUUUACUUAGCUCAAAUCCUCUCGAAGGUCGGCUCAGUUGCUUCUGAGAGUUGUCUGUGUGGCUAUUGUAGUACUUGCAGUAACGCCUUCGUGCCCAUAACCACGGUGGCGACAACUCUGGAACUGCGGUUUUUCGUUAGACGUCGUAGAUAUGACAGGUCUCCAGCUUGGAGAGUAAGUUCUUAGCUCAAUUACGUCAGGAUUACUUGGGGUUGCGAAGAGACAACCGACGUUUCAGACGUUUCUGGGUUCAGUUUUCCUUCAUUUUAUCCAACCGUCAUUGAAGUUGGAGCAUGUAAAUAUUACUGUUCUCCCCCCCAGUAUUCGGUGUCUUGUUGUAAAAAAGCUUUUAGAAUUGUUUCUGCCCAAAUAACUUCCCCGGUUCAAGGCCGGCCGUUCGACCCGUCAAUACUUUUCAAAGGUCUCAUAUUCGGCCAGUUGCUGAAAUUGUACAUUUACAACAGAAAACACAUUCAGACCAGAUACUUGUUUACUGAUAUUAACGUUUUUCCUGAUAACAUAGGGAAAUUUUUCGUCCGUUCAUCCUUAAUCAACAACUACAUAAGACGCUAGUGUUCUCGAGCAAAGUAGUUCGCAGCUCGUUUUUUUAUGAGGAGAGCUCCACCAUUCGACAGAGUAACCCUCUUUCUUCAGCGUCUUUGCGGGAUGAACUUUCCAAGUUGAAUUUGUAUCACUUUGCAGCCGAUGGAAACCCUGAUGUGCCCUUGUGUUCACCACUGAAGUAACCUUUCCGCUCGUAAAUCUCGUCGUUAUCUUCAUCUCAUCGUGACUGAUGACCCCGACCCGUUUUCGGUGGCUUUCGUUCUUCGUGACCUGCACUGCGCAUCUGUUCUCCGCAACUCCUACUCUUCCUCACUCAUUGUGGUUAGGCGGAGUUCAAGAGAUUUUCAGGGGGGCGCCUUUUGCUCACUCGAGCUGCCUGAGACAUCGAGGCCGAUCAGAAUCGACUUUUUGAAGUUGAAACGUCGGCAGAUGUUCCCCGUUGUCGGCAACAGAGACACGGACGAAGAGAUUGGUUUUGUCUGUCCAUAAGCGAAAAUUCCACGCCCACAAGGAAUGAAGUUGACCGCGUGCCUCGCGGAAUAAAUACAGCACUGGAGACUUACGCGUGAAUUAGUUGGCAGUGGGUCAAAGUUGCGCAACAUCUAACGCACUCCUCCUCUCACGCCUCCCCUACCAUUUUCCGAUUGAAAGACACCGUCAGGACGACCCGAGUUCGGCAUCGAGCGUAGUGGCCGACCAAGCCUAACAGCCCGUCAGCUCACGCUACGCACGCCUCGUGUCCACUUGGGUGAGUGUCACAAAGACCACAUGAUGAAGUAGCCAUUGUAGUCUGGAUUAGCCCUAGGGAAGACCGAGUUAUCUCCUCAGUCGGCAACCUAAGCCACACCUUCUAGCGCGCAAAACUUCGUAGUAGGCAGUACACUGAUGUGCCAAGAGGACGGAGUUCUCGGUGUCAAUCUCCUUCCGUCCCUCUUCCAUGGGCCAGUGGACUGUCUUAGACUUUUAGUCAACUGAUGAUGAGAUUGGGUGCAGUGACGGACACGGCGUGAGUGCCUAUGUCUUAGACUUGUCACAACACACGCUCAGCAGUAGUUAUGUGCUGGCUCAGCCUCCACGCUGCCCGACAGACACGUGACGUGAACCAACCUGACCCCCAUUUUCUUUCGGCGCAUCUACAGCGCAGCCCGGUUUAAGGGGGUCAUUGUCCAUAUGCAUCAGCACUUGAACACGUGUGAUUGGCGUCUUACGGUUUCCAAGGCCAGCCGUCUCGUCGUUGCCGUCCACAGCUCUCGUGGACCAGCCAUUUCGCGUGGCUUUGACGCGAAUGCGAGUUACGUACUUCACACACGCGUGCUUGAACUUUCUGUCGACAGCUGCCCUCGUACUCUGUACAGACUUGUUUCCUGCUCCCUGAACUGGGAGGUGGACGUUUCCUCGGGCAGCUCUCGAAGUCACAGGCUCACGGGUGUUGGUGUCCAAGAAGUUCUUUGUUGCGUAUUUCCAAACAUCAGUGUGUAGACAUUAUUUCGGAAAAGAGAACCUCGUUUUAGCAAAUGAAUGAAAAUUAGUUUGGUAUGGCUACUGACUGAAUAUAAGUAGCUGGUUUGUCUUCGUGAUCGGUUUCAUCCGCGACACUUAUUUCUACUCAAACCCGGUGUACACAGCAGCCAAGGCGACUAUGCGGUUUGCUUGCCACCCGCUGGUUAGGCUGUGUCUUAUGUUUGUCAAAAAUGGCCGUCACGUUAAGUUUUAUGCCCUCGACCCGGCUGUCGGACAACCGUCUACUGAAACGCAAUGAUUCUUUCUGUGACUGAUGGCCGGACUUGCUUAAUGAAUUAGAAUGUUUCUAUUACUAAACCUGCGCUCGACAAUUCGACGAGGUCUGGUUCUGCAGCCUCACUUUAUUGAUACCAUAUAGCCAGCUUCCUAAAACAAUUUUAGUAGAUGCGAGUACGCUGACCUAAUAAAUAUCACGUGUUUGCACCUCCCUUACCAGCGAGUGACCGUGCCACGGAGGGACGAAUGCCUAUACGCCAUCCUCGUUUACAUCAGGUAUCAGUUCACACGCGCUUCCUUUCCUGGGCGUGCCUCGAGCCCCGCUUGCGCCCUCUUUGGGAAUUGUUCGGAUAGAUUGGAACUCGGUCGGUUCCAUUACUAUGUUCAUGCACUGCGAAUUACCACGCGGUUCCCUUCUUGGCCUUCCAAUCGUGAUUGCACCCUCCUUAUCCUACUAAUCCAGCGAGUGACCGUGUUGCGGAGAGAGUAUGUACACGCCACCUUCACGCGCUUUCCUGCGCGUUCUUCGAGCUCUGCUUGUGCUCUUUUUACCUGCCUAAUCCAGCGGGUUAGGUAUGCUAAGUAAAAUUGUUUUAGGAAGCCAACCAUAUGGUAUCGAUGAAGUGGGGCUGCAGGACCAAACCUCGCCGACAGUUCAACCCUAGCAAACGACAUGGCGCAUCACUACCCAAUUAGGUUGUCGCACUCGCAACCUGCGCGUGACUUUGUCUAGAGUAGAGUGGACUUACUCUACACCUACCCUACUCUCCCCACACUCACCGCUUUUUGGUGGUAAGGCGAUAUCGGAACGACCGGCGUUGGGUGUACAGUGCGUGAUCGACCUCAUGAAAUACCAAACAAGUAAAAUAAAGCAUAUUUUGUGCAUGUUUUCUAUAAAAUAUAUUUGAAUUUGUGUGACCAUCCAAAAUAGGCGUGAAAGAUGCAUACUACUUAAGUACUCAUUUUUUACCGAGUUCGGUUUCUGCGAGAGAUCAGAAAGAAGUGCAUUCAAAAGCCGACAUCCUGCCGAGUCCGAAAUACCAUAGGAUUAUGCUACAUAAUAAUUAAUAAUACAACGCCACCUUAUUAAUCCUUCCUAGUCGAAAAUGCAUUUCAGAAUUUCGGCCAACAUUUCAUGAGAUCGGUCACGCACUGUAGGUGCAGGGGCUGGCAAAAUAAAACUGCCUGUUUACGCUUUCCACACGCGAUCUGAUCCCUGACUCCACAUUCACCAGGCCUCAUUCGCGAAGAACGUGUCUCGGAUGUGAGAGGGCUAUAAAGGACCCAUUAAGGAGCCACAUUAGUCUGACCCUCGUCACAAAUAAGUGUCAGGUUAGAUGGUAGUUGGUAGCCCUCCCGGUACCGAAACUGCCCAGCUACCUGUCUUACGGGACCGGUGGUAAUAGGGGCUAUGCGAGUGGGACAGAUAAGUGGAGGCAUAAAUGGCGCUUGUAGGGUAUGCCUGGAAUUGACGUUCCUGGCAAAGUGGAAGCCUAAUUUAAAUAAGGUGAAAAAUGCAAGGAGGGUAUAGAAAUAAGCAUGGAUAAUUAGUACGGUAUGCGGAAUAAAUGUAUCCUUGCCUCAGAUUGGAAAGAAUAGCAAGUGAAGGCGAACAAUCAAUAGGAAGAAGGCAGUGUGUCUUAAGGUUAUUCCGCAGUAUGUGCGAUAGUACUCCAGCUGACAGAAUGGACAUGAGAACACGAGAGUCAAGCAGCGGCACGCAGGACGCCACAACGCAAGCGGGGUAAGACUUUAAUGCGAAAAAUAUGUUUGGGCGAAAGAGAAAAUCUGCAAAUAAUAGUGUAUUGUCACUGUGGCCACAUCUAGAAUUAAAACUAUGGCAGUAGUUGUUUGCUAUACGUGAAUAGUGUACUAUACAAUGUAAAGAGGAAUUAGCACUCUGUAUAUGAAGUUACACUUUGUUCUGCUUGCAGAGCCCAGUCUCUUAGAAGGUGAAGGAACGCAGGACCGCAAGUGGAUAGGCCGACAGAUUAUUCGCGGAUCCUGGAAAUAAUCCAGUCGUCCUACCUAGUGCAGUAUCUCCAGCAGAAAGGACUACUGACCUGUAGGGUCUUAUGAAGAUGUCGAAAGGUCAUGCCCUUACAAAUACUGCGACAGCACACGAAUGGCUAUGCCUUCAGGUAACAUCUGGGUACUGUGGUAUGCAGCCUAGGAUAGUACCUCUAAAAUGAAUCAGAUACAGGUAACACAGUGCGCGCAUGCAAUUAGAAGCAUAAUGAGAAACAUGAUGAAUCAUAAUCCGCCUAGGAUAAAUCUUUCGCCCUUUACUAAAGGUUUCCGUGUAGGGGUGCAAUACAAUGAGUCUAUAUAGACAUUUUUGCAGCGCCUCGUUCUCGGGGCGGUUAAAGUGAAGAAGAAAGUCAUCCUGACAGGGCUUCUGCGCGUGCACUCCCAGACAUAAUGAGAACGUAAUCACAGAGCUUGAAAUCGAGCCAGUAAAUACAAUUGUAGAAUCAGUGGACAGGGCUACCAACUACCAUCCUACCGAGUGUCAAGUGGACCCGUCAGUUGGCGAUCUCCCAGGUCACCAGUAUCGGAACUUCGUGAUAGGUCCAAGUGUGUCACUCUUACUACACGUCAAUCUGCUAUGACGAAGGAUUCUCCAGGAUUGACAUCACUGCCUCUUCUCUCCCAUUAGUCGAUUGCCUGUUUGAGUCCUUUGGUCGACUGGGAAUGAGACCGGUCUCAAUGGCUGCCGUUUUGGUGUCAGCCUCUGCCUAAUGCAUGUCACACGCAUGUGCGACAAUAAUUAAGGGACCACGCUGACUCAGCGCAGAUCGACAAACGCGCGCCACUAAGAAAAGGAUGAUUCCCGUUAUGGUAUAGCGUGACCCGUUAGAGGGACAAGCUAUCAUCACUUUGAGUUAACAGACACCGCGUAUUCUGAAUACAGUAGUCUUUCUAACGGAGUCAGUCGCCGGUAGUUCGUGUUGUCUUCACCGUCAAAUUCUGACGGAGUUCCUCCCUAGAUGGAUUUUACCUCGCUCAAGCUAGGACUUUAUUUUUGCCUAGUCGUUUUCACCAUUAGAGUGCGAGGUCUAUGCGUGUCCUCAUCAGCCGAACCCGAUGCUUGCCUGUACCGGUCUGAACGGACGAAAUACUCGACGUAGCAGAACCAGUGCUGUGUCUGCUGUCAUGCCAUCACUUGAUCCCCCGGGCGACUACAAAUGUGCCUAAAAGGCAUCUGCCUCCAUUUAACCAAGCAAUAAUCGGACUGAUGUGCUUCAUUUCCUCAGGUCUGCUCCAGUGAAUCUGUACGCGAUUACAUUCUGGGCUUCACGAACUGCCUCAACCUCUACAACACCGGCCACCAGGAGUUAGUCAUGCGUUUUGAAGCCACACAAGACAGCUACCUUGUUACUGGUAAUCACCUGGUAUUCAGAUUCGAGUGCUACGCCCUGCGGGAGGGGUAAGUAUAUGCCUGAUUCUUUUGUGUGGUCUCGCUUAUAGUAAGGUCACUCAUUUGAUCUCACUGCGGCCACUUAAAAGGCUUUGUAGACUGUGGUACGUUGGCGACCUGAAUGUUUUGUGAAUACUGUACAACAAUUACUGAGUUAAUAGAAGCGAAGAGGCGAGUUCCAGGAAGUGGUCGCGGAGAAGGAGACACGAUCGUUGGAGCAAGUGCUUUACUAGCCUGACGUUUGGGACUCUCACGCGGGUCCAACAUCAGAGGCAGAGUCAGAUAAGGGCAGUGGAUUGCCCAGGUGUUGCAACAUUUAUAGGAUGUUGUUGCUAGGCCGCUCCAUGCCUAUCGCAGUUGGCAGCUCCUGCGUGCAUUACAGCUCGAUUGGUCAGGUGUUGAAGUAUGCCGUCAUCAUGCGAUUGCUAUGCUUCUGUGUGCCAGUCAAGAUUAUCGGCUCUCACGCCCAUCGCACGCCGCCGAGUCGGAGAAACCGGAAGACUACUCCGGACGCGGUUGGUCGAGCACGCGGCAGCAGUGAGGAGGAACGACGCCAACUCCCAAGUCGCGGGUCAUUCGACGGGACCCAACCACACAUUCAAGUUUGAAGAAGCAGAAAUCCUUGCUAGAGGCGACAACCGCGUGAGCCGUGAACUACUCGAGUCAUGGUUUUCCGGUCCUCAUGCAAUCAACAAGCGCAACGACCUGCCCUCACCAUAUUCGGUGCUCACACUUAUUCUAGGCAAAGUAGUUGGCGGGGAGGAGAAUGUGCGGAUAACCACUGUUCCUGGUAUCAAUGUUGGCGUGCCAAAUCACCCAAGAGUCCACACGGAUGACGAAAUCCGGUAGUCAGCCCUUCGGCGGCGUGUGAUGAGCGUGGGAACCGAUAAUCUUGACUGGCAUACAGGCGCAUAGCAACUGCACGGCGACGGCAUACUUCAACACCUGGCCAGUUGAGCUGUGAUGCACGCGGGAGCUGCCAACUGUGAUAGGCAUGUAGUGGUCUAGCAACUGCAUCCUAUAAAUGUUACAGCACCUGGGCAAUCCACUAUCCUUAUCUGACUCUGUCUCUGAUGAUGGAUUCGAGUGAGAAUCCGAAAGGUCAGGCUAGUAAAGCACUUGUUCCAGCGAUCGUGUCUCAUUCUCCACAGUUACUGAGUUAACUCACUAGUGACUCUCAGAACCCACGAGGGUAUUGCUUUUAGAACAAUACCUGACCGGUCGGCUGGAAGCAAGACACAAUCUUAAAGACGUUCUGUGCACGGGAGUUCAUGUCGCUUAAUGUUGGGACGAGGCGAAUUGGAGACCUCACGGAAGCUUUCAAAUGGUUGAUGAACCUGAAGGAGCUUUCCAAGAGGUGCCUUUGGAGCUGACUAGGCCCGUAACGGUCGUAACCGUCAAAGUUCGAUCAGAUGGUCUGAUUUAAGCUUAAUGUUCUAACCGCUAUUAGUACGGUCGUGUUAGUAUUAGUUGUUUGGUACUUAUUUUUCUAACACCCAUUGUCACCGAGGUAAACGGUAGAUGCGGAUAGUUGCCGUUCGAAUCUUCGGUUAUUGACACACGUGCGUGUUGUGGUAUAGGUUUGCAUUAUCCUCUGCCCAGCCAUUGUGAACAUUCCGUUCAACUUAUUCUACUGUGAUGUUAAUUCAGCCCCCUGAAUUAGGACUAUACCGCAGCCCGCCUCUCAAUCUGCCUGAAAUACUCAACUGACCCCUCGUAAACAUUCAAUCCAUCGCCCUUAUGUUCUGGUGUACUUCAGCUGCACCAACUGCUUCCUCCAAUGAAUGCGCACUUUUUCCUUUAUCCUCACAGACAGGCCUUUUCAUCUGCAACCUGGGUUAAACACCUACGACAGGCCUUGAUCCGACUCUCGCUCUACGAGGCUCAAUCCUUUCCCCGGCUAAAAGGUGAGAUUCUUAGAUGACAUCUGUGCGUAUUCGAGAAGCCGGUACUUACACAGGUGCACUUUUGUCAGCACUGGGCAACACAAGCCUUAACACACUCGUCUGUGCUGACGUUGGCUUCGGUCUAGGCAUGUCAGCAGGUCAACACAGAUAAAGGAAGACAUUUCCUUGUCGAAGGCAUCCCCCUGCUUCCUGGACCCGACUCUGGGCUUUACUUGUCCCAAGUGUCACUCGUGUAGUUUACAAAAGGAGUGCAGACACCGCAUUUGACAGCUUAGAUUUCGUUUGAGGCCUGACAAGGCUGGCCGACGUGCCUCUGCAAUGCUAGGGAAGGUAUGCGAAGCCUGCUUCAGUCAGUGGUGAGAGACCAGCCCUUUGUGGCGCGCGUGGUUGAAGACUUUAGAUGCAUUCGUUUGGCCCUGAGUAGCAAACAAACCCAAACUGCAUAACAUCUUUCAGUAGCAAGGAUUCACUCUUAGUACGCGUUUUGACAGAUCUAAAGAAUUUGACUGAAUAUCCAGUAGUGAAAACUCGACGGCUUCUGUGGGAUUUUAAUGCAUGUCAGCAAGGCCAAGGCUUGAAGAAUUAUACGUGUGUAUACUAGUUGUAAUUAGUAAGUAGCUGUUAUUGAUAACGUUUUUCGACUGCCUCUCUGCUGUCCGCGAUUAUGUACAAAAUCCCUUUUUCACCUUCCCACUUAUCAAUGUUUUUAUUUGACGAAUUGUAACCGAUAGGGAGUUCAAAGGCGCUCGCCUAUAUUGCCCUUAAUAAACUGAUAUUGAAUACAGCUAACGCCCUAACCACCUGGGCUACCAGGCUCCUCCGGGAGCCACUGUGCUCAAGCCCUUUUCAAGUGGUCAUGACUUAGUCUUGUCUAUGGAACACAAUGCAUGUGGGAAGAGGAAGAGCGAGUUCGAUGCUACGUGAGUCUUCCUCUGUACGAUCGAAUUUAUAUGAAAUCCAGCGCUAUUCCCCGGGGUAUUUAUACCUCGUGUUGGAGUCAGUCACCAACUGUCGCAGAUGGCCUUGCGGUUCCAUUAGAAUAAAAACAACUCGCUUGCAAAGGGACACUUUUUGUCCGGGUUUCUUGGCAAAUGUUACGUCACAAACAAACCUGUGUUGAACUUAAACCUGCCUAAAUUGUCACAUAAGUAUCAAAUGAAUGAUCAGACCGAAAUAAAGCCAAACUUUUCUUUAGGUCAACCUCCAGAUCGUACUGUAUCCCUUCAGAGCGGCAACUCCCACAGGAUUAUAACAUCACUGCUGAAUGCCGUUUGUAAUGCCCGCGAGGACGGUACCGACAGAACCAACCUCCAGUAAUGCCAUCCUAUAUUAACGCUCACAUUCCUAAUAUGUGCACUACUUACUAAGUUAUGAGUCUUAUGAGUAGUGAUCUUUGCCCGUACUAUGAUUUGAUAUUGCGCCAUGUUAAUAGAAAUAAACUCCCAUAAUGUUGCUGUUUAAAGUUAUCACAGUUUCGUUGUCUGCGACGCUAUGGCAAGCGCUGCAUACUUUCCAAUAUAUCGCACUCAGGAUAGGUAGCUAAACGCCAACUAAACCACUUCAGUGUGUGUGAGUGUGGUGAACAUACUGUCGACGUAUACGCAGCAAAACCAAGUGACAACCAUGUAACCAUGGAUUUCAGCACGUGGUGGGGGAGGGUUAUAUUUCAAUUUUACCAACUGAACUAAUGAAUUCUUGAUCAUAAAUUCGAGUAAUCGCUCAUCCUGGUAUCUCAGCGCUUAUUAACCGAUCUCGUUCGUAGACUUGCUCACAUGAGAUACAUGAAAGUGUCCUCUCUUUUGGCCUUCAGACAGUCACUGGGAUCUGUUGACGCGGAACUGGUUCCCCUCCCAAGGCCUCUCACAGGUGAGGUUCGAACGUUUACGCCACUUGGAAUUCCCCCCCCCCUCCCCCACCAGUUGCCUUUACCAACGUGAUUUUUAUCUUACAGCCGGACUUGCCUGCCCAGUUCACCAUGGACAACGGUAGGGACAGUUUGUCCCAAUCGACUCCCGCUAUUUGUACUCCCGUAUUCUCAGUGUUUGAGGACGGUUUAUUCGUAAGACUUAGAUUUGCCUUCUUAUCCUCUUACUACAGCUGGUGGUCUUUCAGAAUACUUUUCACAUGGGAUGA